GAGAGAGAGAGAGAGAGAGAGAGAGAGAGGGGACCCUGGGUGGGAGGAGUAAUAGUGAGAGAGAAAGGGAAAUAUUAGAAGAUCUACUAUUUACUCUCGGGGGGAGGAGGGGGAUAGGCAAAGCCACGUUACUUACAGGGACAUUGAGAGACACAGAGUCCGGUCCAUAUAGCAGAAGGCAGUGAGAGGGAGGUCAGAGAAAGCCAGACAGCUGUUCAGGCAGCAGGAAGACAGCCCUGACCUACAAACCGCGGCAGAUUUGAAGAUCCAGGAGCCUCUCUCCAGCCAAACCCUGCCUGCUGCCUUUAAGGGUGCUAUAUCUACAUUCCCCCCUCCCCGGCCGGUCGGCGACCACCAGCCGCAGUCAUGAUGAUGAUGUCCCUGAACAGCAAGCAGCCCUUCAGCAUGGCCCACAGCAGCCUGCAGGACGAGCCCAAAUACUCCCUGCACUCCUCGUCCUCCCCGCACUCCUCAUCCUCGGCCACCAGCUCCCCCAGCAUCAGCAGCGGCAGGACCAGCUCCGGGGGUGGGGGCAGCAGCUCGGAGGCGAUGAGAAGAGCUUGUCUGCCCACCCCACCGGUAUGUAGUGAGCAUAAUCACCGCUCCCAGGCACAGCCAGUCUGACAGCCCCUUUAUCUGCCUGAUGUUUUUUUCAUGUGUGCACAGCAAAUCACCCAACACAUAGCAUGCUUUCACCCCCUUCAUUCCUCUCCCUCUCUCUCUCUCUCUGUCUCUUUUUUGCCUCCACUUAUGUAUUCAGCCGGUCUUGCCUUUCAUAUUAAUUUUUAUGACCUGGGAUGUUGCAUGUAUCUUGUGUUGUGUGUGUGUGUCUAGGCGUGUUAUCUCUCUCUCUGUCUGUCUUCCUUUUUAGAACCCUCAUUUUUUUAACAUUCCAGAAAAGUUUGUUUAAUGGUUGAAUUCCCAGCAGACAGUGAUGUGCUCUUUCUAUUUGACAUUGCAGAGCAAUAUAUUUGGAGGUCUGGAUGAAAGCUUGCUGGCCCGUGCUGAAGCUCUGGCUGCGGUGGACAUAGUGUCUCAGUGCAAGAGCCAGCACCAUCACCACCACCACCAGCCCCACCACAGCCCCUUCAAGCCCGACGCUACCUACCACACCAUGAACACCAUCCCUUGCACCUCUGCCUCCUCGUCUUCUUCAGUCCCCAUCUCGCAUCCUUCUGGGGUGUCUGGCUCCCACCAUCACCACCACCAUCAUCACCACCACCACCAGCCUUUGGAAGGGGAACUGCUGGACCACAUCACCCCUGGCUUGACGCUGGGGGCCAUGACUGGACCUGAUGGAUCUGUGGUGUCCACUCCAGCUCACUCUCACAUGGCCAGCAUGAACCCAAUGCACCAGGCUGCAUUGAGCAUGGCACAUGCCCAUGGCUUGCCAUCCCACAUGGGCUGCAUGAGUGAUGUGGACGCAGAUCCAAGAGACUUGGAAGCCUUUGCUGAGAGGUUCAAACAGAGGAGAAUCAAACUUGGGGUGACCCAGGCAGAUGUGGGAGCUGCUCUUGCCAACCUGAAGAUCCCAGGAGUGGGUUCUCUCAGCCAGAGCACCAUCUGUCGUUUUGAGUCCCUCACCCUCUCCCACAACAACAUGAUAGCCCUCAAGCCCAUUUUGCAAGCCUGGCUGGAGGAGGCUGAGAAGUCCCACCGGGAGAAGCUCACCAAGCCAGAGCUUUUUAACGGGGCCGAGAAGAAGAGGAAAAGGACCUCCAUAGCGGCUCCAGAGAAGAGGUCCUUGGAAGCCUACUUCGCCAUCCAGCCUAGACCUUCCUCCGAGAAGAUAGCAGCUAUUGCUGAGAAGCUGGACCUUAAGAAGAACGUGGUCCGAGUCUGGUUCUGCAACCAAAGGCAGAAGCAGAAAAGGAUGAAAUAUUCAGCUGGGAUUUAAAGUAUUGUGGGUUUUUUUUAAAGGAAUUUUCUACGAACACU